GUCUCGUCUCAUCUCUUCUUUCUCAUCAUCAUUCGCUUAUUAGAUGAACAUGCUGAAGAAUUCCGUAGUCCAGUCCAUUCCAUUCUUCCGACGAGAUCUCGUUCUCAUUCUUCUUCUUGUCUGACUUUAGUUAGUACUUGUGGUUUUAUUAAUUUGACUGGAGAAUUUUUCUUCAACGUUACACAAUACACCAUACAUUUACAUAGAUUCAGACUGAUGGGAGGUUUUCUAUAAAAGUGAGACAAGUGGAUGAUUCCGAUACAGGAAGAAGGAGGACAGGAAACAGCAGCAGUUGUCUCAACUUAUCACUCUUCGCAGAAUGGACUUAUCAAGAGGACAGUGACAGUUGGAAGAAUGAGAGACAAAAUAUAAUUCAAUUCUCAAAAUACAUUUGUCUGCCUCUCUCUCUCUCCCAUUCAUGGAUACGAAUUAAUCCAAUCAUUCAUUUAUUCUUCCGCCAAUAAUUGUAUCCAGUCGCCAAUUCAUCAUUCCAGGUCAUCCGGAGUGACCACAAAGUGCUAGACGCCAUCCGGUUUACAUAAUACUGUUCAGUCGGCCGGGCUGCGUUGCGUCUCGUGUGUGCAAUUUUGUCAUCACUUUUUCUUCGUGCGUUGCGUCGUGAUGAAUACAAAUUGGAUUUAAAAUCUUGAUUCGUUUUUUUUCUGAGAUCCACGCCCACGAUUGAAUUGAUUUUUUUCAAAAAAAUUUUCGUCAACUCUCAGAAUCUAAGAAGGGAUGGAUCAACAUCAUCACUGACAAAAUUUAAGAAAGUGUUAGUUACAAUUUCUUCUUGGUGAAAGUUACUACACUCGAAUUUGAAGGAUGGGGCUGUUGACGAGAGGAGGAGGAAUGUGGGUGGUUGUGGUGACUGCAAUUGUGUCAUGUGUGACCUUAUCAGCGAUCGUGGAAGGGGCAGUGAAGAAGGGCACCGCGCCCAGCUUGGAGAUAGAUGAUAACAAGACGGAACAGUUGAUGGAGUCAUUUUCGCAGUCAAACCAUAUCGACGAUGAGGAGGGUGACCACCCCCACAAAAUCCGACACCAUAAUAAUCGCCAUAACCAUCACCACCACCGGAGGAAGAAGGGUCACGCCCCCCUUUCUCUCCCCCCGUUGGACCACGUCGCCCCCAUUGACGAUCUCCUACCGCUCUACCCGAAAAACAUUUCUGAAGAAACUCUGGCCGACCUGAGGAGACUGAAACGUCAAUACUUUUCCAACUAUGAAGACCCCUACGGUUCACCCCAUCAUCAGUCCUCAUCCGCGACAAAACCGCAAUUCUACGUCACCGAAGACGGUUCCGAAUGGCGUGACGAUGGUCGGAGGAGUGACGAAUGGUCAUCACCGAGUCAAUGUUCUCGCAGUUGUGGGGGCGGUGUGGCCAUGCAAGAGCGGAUUUGUCGAGAUCCUCUAAGACCGGACGGAUCCUGCAGCGACGGUGGGUCGAAACGAUUCUAUUCCUGCAAUACGCACGCUUGUCCCGGCGGUGACGACGACUACAGGGCUGAACAGUGUGCCGCUUUUAACACGGUGCCUUUCGAAGGGCGAUAUUACAAAUGGGUCCCCUACACCAAAGCGCCCAACAAGUGCGAACUGAACUGCAUGCCGGAAGGGGAGCGGUUUUACUAUCGACACAAAAGACAAGUUAUCGAUGGGACGAACUGCGACGAUGAGAAUAAACACGUCUGCGUUGAUGGGAAAUGUUUACCGGUCGGUUGCGAUAAUGUGCUUGGAUCACGAGCCAGGGAGGAUAAUUGUCGCAAGUGUGGCGGCGACGGGGUCGGGUGUCACACGGUGCAGGGGACGUUCGACUCUAACAAUAAUUUGCAGGUGGGAUACAACGACGUCCUUCUCAUCCCGAUGGGCGCCACGAAUAUCCUCGUCAAGGAGAAGAAAGCGUCCAACAAUUAUCUGGCCAUCCGUAACACGUCGAACCAUUACUACCUCAAUGGAAAUUGGCGAAUAGAUUUCCCUCGAGAACUUGCCUUCGCCUCCACCAUUUUCCACUAUGAACGGAAGCCACACUCGUUUUUUGCCCCCGAAUCCAUCCGUGCCACCGGCCCCAUCUCCGAAGCCAUCUACAUUGUCGUCCUCUACCAAGAAUCUAACCCUGGGAUCGAGUAUGAGUACUCCAUUUCCGACAAAGAGAAUCAGAUCGCUUUCACCACCCCGGGCUCCUAUUAUUGGAUAUACGACGAGUUCACCCCCUGUUCCGCCACCUGCGGAGGUGGUUAUCAACAAAGGUACGUCUACUGCGCUAAGAGGACCGAGGAGAGUAUCGAGUACGUUGAAGAACACUUGUGCGACGCGAGUGGGACACACAAACCGGCUGCACAGCAGCUCUGCAACACGCAACCUUGUCCUCUUCGCUGGUACGAGGGCGCCUGGGAACCUUGCUCGGCGAAAUGUGGCUCGAACGAGACUGGAGUUCAAUAUCGGACCGUUUUUUGCGAGCAGUCCAUUCAAGGCUCCUCCGCCAUUGUGCAUGACGAGACACGCUGUGAGUCAGAGGUCGGACCUCGGCCGGAGAAUGGGCGUCGGUGCACGGGCGAGGUGGAAGGAGGCAUUUGUGCUUCAUGGCAUGAAGGAGAGUGGAGUUCGUGUUCAUCUCUUUGUGGCGACGGAUGGGAAACGAGAACGGUGAGGUGUCACGCCAAGAAGGACAAUGUCACCACCGUUUAUGAAGAUUCUCACUGUUCCGACGAGAAACCGGAGGAUAGGAAGCCGUGCUAUUUACAACCGUGCGAAGGUGUGGAUUGGAUUAGUGGGCCAUGGUCUGGUUGCAAGGCAAGUGCUGACCCUUGCGACGACAAGCUUAACCCCGUCGAAACUCGGCAAGUAUACUGUUCCUCUGCCAAAGGGAAAGUUUAUGGGGACGAAUUUUGCCACGACUACCGGAAACCGAACGCUUCUCGAGAUUGCGAAGGGGGCGAGUCUUCCACCGAAGCUAGUGCGAAUAAAUGCCAAUACGCCUGGUUUGCAAUGCAAUGGGGAGAGUGCCUCCUAACUAGCUGCACCUCCUCGGACAACACGACCGGUCAGAUCAAAGGACAACGACAACGGCUCGUAUUUUGCGGGACGAUUUCAUCCGGCUCCGUCACCAUUGUGGAAGACGAGGAAAAAUGUAACGAGACGAAAAAGUACGACGCCACGGAGCCAUGCGACAUCGACGAGGACUUUAUCCGUUCUGAAUGUUUCGAAAAAUCUGCCUGGUUCACCGGCCCUUGGAGUAAAUGUUCUAAAAACUGUGGGGCGGGAACAAGGUCACGACAAGUCAUUUGCAUGGUUGGUAACGAUUCUACCACGGACGUAACGAAAUGCGGGGAAGAAUCCCUCGUUUUCGCGUCGGAAGAUUGCACUGGAGAGGAUUGUGAUACCGCUGCAGCGACGGGAGACGAAAUGAUAUCCGUCUCUUCAACGGCAAUGUCGGCAUCAAGCACGCCCAAAUCCGCCGACGACCUUGGAAGGAUGGAACCCGGCGUGGACUGCGAGCCCGACUACGAGGACGAAUAUUACUACAACUAUGAGCUUGAAGGGUCCGGAACAACGGAGGGAAUGGAGGAAUCCACCACCACUGAAGAGAUGACCACUACGACCGAUGACGACAUGAUGAUGACAAGCACGGAAGAAGCGAGCGGGGAUGAUAUGGGAUCUGGAGAGGACGUCAUUUCCGGGGACACUUCGGCCAGCGGGGAAUCACCGGAGGAUGACGAAAUGGGUAAGACCACGACCGGCUCCGAUGCCCUCAUUACUCCUGACGAUCUCACGACCGGCUCCGGUUCUGGAGAUUCUUCUACUGACUCUUCCACUUCUACUUUGUCUUUAUCCACUACUACUUCUUCUUCCACUGGAGAAACUACUUCUUCCGACAUGUCGACAACUGGCGACGAUACGACCACCACAGAGGCAAUGUCGACAACGACGGAAGAGAUGAGUACGACGACAGAAGAGAUGGAAACAACCACAACAGAAGAACCCACCACCACGACGGAAGAGCCUACAACAACAACAACUGAAGAACCUACAACAACAACGGAAGAACCCACGACGACAACAGAAAUGGAAACGACUACGACUGAAGAACCAACAACAACAACUGAGGAAAUGUCGACCACGACUAAGGAAAUGUCGAGCACGACUGAAAUGGACGGGUCGACGACAACAGGCGCCUCCACGACGACCGGCGAGUCCACCACUUCCACGACUAUAGAACCUGAUUACGAGAAUGUGCAAGCCAUUCCUGCAAAACUUGAAUCCAACGAUACGGCCGGUUCUGGUGACGAAAUGUCAGGGUCAGGUUCUGGUGAUGAUGACGUCCUCGAACCGUUGGAGGAUGAUGACGGCGACACUUCGGGUUCUGGAUCUGGCGACGAAGAAAUCAUGUCCACAACGACAGAGGAGGCAGGAAGUGGUGAUGAUGAAAUGUCGGGAUCGGGAGAAAUGCCGGAAGGUCUUACGGGAACGAGUGAAGCCCCACGAACCACCCUGGAACAAGCCCUCACAACCGAGAUGAAACUUCCAAAAUGUCCCCCGCGUCCUAAACCGAUCUCUGAAAAGUCCAAGAACUGUUCCACCUCGACAUUUGGUUGUUGUCCCGAUGGACUCAAUCCAGCCACGGGACCAUUCGGAGCAGGUUGCACGAAUCCAAAGACCUGUACGGAAACAAAAUUCGGCUGUUGCGAAGAUGGGGUUACGCCAGCCCAAGGAAAACUCAAACUUCGAGGCUGUCCGAUGCCUGACUGUGAAAAAUCCCUUUUUGGAUGUUGUACUGAUGGAAAAACGCCCGCAGAAGGAAACGACUUUCUCGGAUGCGAGAAACAUUGCGCGGAAACUGAGUUCGGCUGUUGCCCGGAUGAAAAGACUCCUAAAAAAGGUCCCAAAGGGAAAGGUUGCCCUAAAAUUAAGUGUGAAGACACUCGAUACGGCUGCUGUCCCGGAGAAGACAAGGAAAUUGCGACCGGACAUCGCUACGAAGGUUGUAAAGAGAUCAACAAGAAGAACUGCACGGCCAACUUCUUUGGGUGUUGUUUGGACGGAAAGACUGCGGCACUUGGCGAGAAGGAAGAAGGCUGUCCAGAAAUGCCUCCAUGUGUCUCGGAAAAGUUUGGCUGUUGCGAGGACGAAGUCACCUCUGCUCACGGACCGAACAAGGAAGGAUGCUGUCUCAGCAGUCAAUUUGGAUGCUGUCCCGAUAAUAUUCAACCCGCUACCGGAUACAAUUUGGAAGGAUGCACAUGUAAAAACUCGCUCUACGGUUGUUGCCCGGAUAAUUCGACCGCUGCCCGUGGACCUGGUGGCGACUGCGGCUGUAAAUUUUCCGAACACAACUGUUGUCCUGAUGGCUACACGGCUGCGAACGGGUCCAACUAUGAAGGCUGUCCCUGUGCCACGUACCAAUUCGGCUGUUGCCCAGAUGGCGAAUCUGUCGCGAAGGGACCAAACAAGGAGGGCUGUGGUUGCGAAUUUACGGAAUUUGGCUGUUGUCCCGAUCGAAGAACGCCUGCCGCAAAGAAAGACGAUUCCUGCGGGUGCGAGAGCUCAUGGUUUGGUUGUUGCCCUGACGGAAACACGGAAGCCAAAGGAGAAGAUUUCGAAGGAUGCGAAGAGAUUCCAAUUAAACCUGGAGAUGUCUGCGGUCUCGACAAGGAGCGAGGUUCUUGUCGCAACUUUACGGUCAAAUGGUUUUUCGACAUGGAGUAUGGCGGCUGUUCUCGCUUCUGGUGGGGCGGCUGUGAUGGAAAUGGAAAUCGUUUCGCCACCCAGGACGAGUGCAAGUCUGUCUGUGUCGAACCCGAGGGGAGAGAUGCCUGCUACCUGCCUCAAGUUCCAGGACCGUGCGAGGGCUACUAUCCCUCCUGGUAUUAUGAUCCGCAGAGAGAAAUGUGUCUCCAAUUCGUGUACGGAGGCUGUCUCGGCAAUAACAAUAGGUUCGCGACGAGAGAACUUUGCGAAAACAAUUGUCUCAUGCCUGAUCGUAUCGAUGCUUGUGAUCAGCCCAAGACUGAAGGUCCCUGCAAAGGGAACUACACUCGCCACUUUUUCGACAAAGAGGGAGAAUCAUGUGUCGAAUUCCAAUACGGAGGAUGCAAAGGGAACAACAACAACUUCCUCACGGGACGAGAAUGUGAACAACGGUGCAGUCAAGAGGGCAGAAUUCGAGCCGUCUUAGAACAAUGUACUCAACACCCCGGUGAAAACAGGGCGAGUAGAACAAGUAGUAACGUCACGAUAAAAUCGCUCAACGCUCCAUUCGUCAUAUCUCCGGAUGACGAGCAGUGCAAAGGGGCCGAUUUGAUCCGCUGGUAUUACGAUAUCCAGGCCGGAACUUGUCUCCGCUUUACGUACGACGGCUGUGGCAACUCCAAUUCGAACAUGUUCGUCUCAAGGGCAGAGUGCUUAUCAAUUUGUGCAAAUAGUUCGCUAGCCACGCCACAUCCGAACCUGUUGGGAACUUCAGAGUGGGUUUUGCCAUACACGGCGACCACCACGAAAGGGAAGGGGUCAAGUAAUAGGAAUUCCUGCUUCCUCCCUCGAACUUCUGGACCCUGUGGGGAAAAAUUGGCCCGCUGGUACUACGACACUCACGAGCAGCGUUGCGUCCCAUUUUACUAUGGGGGCUGUCAAGGAAAUGCGAAUAGGUUCACGACCCUGGGCGAGUGCGAGAAGUCUUGUCCAGCUGCACUCUUGGCCGAAAACACUUGUCUGCAACCUCCCGCCGUCGGAGAUUGCGCCUCUUAUACGGAACGCUACUAUUACGACCCGUACGAGGGACGCUGCAAAGCCUUCGUGUAUUCAGGGUGUGGUGGCAACUCGAACAACUUUAUGCUCGUGGACGACUGUAGGAACAAGUGUGAGCGAAGCUACAUCCCCCAACCGGUCGUCACUACGCCCAACGAAUUCAACACGGCUCACUGUUUCCAAGCACCUGCUGAUCAAAACGAGUGUUACGGUUCUGACCCUUCGAACACUCAAGUGAAAUGGUUUUACGACAAUCAGGACGGAGUUUGCAAACAAUUCCGCUGGUAUUCUGACUGCGACGCGCACAAACGAGGUCUCAACAGGUUUGAUAACCGACAAGAGUGUGAAGAUCGCUGUGAACAAGCGCAAGAUUUGUGUUCCCUCCCGCAAGUACAGGGUCCGUGCAGCGGCGCCUUCCCACAAUACUUUUACGACACUGACACCGACACUUGUCAACUCUUCGAGUACGGCGGCUGUCAAGGGAAUGGGAAUCGAUUUGAUACCAUUGUCCAGUGUGAACAACGUUGUCGCAAGACACCCGAUCAAGGAGGGCGUGUCGACAGUCACGAUCCGUACGGACGUGGUCAAGACCCCUACGCCAACGUCCCCCGUCCCGACCAGGCCGAAGAGGAACGUCGCCGCGCAGAAGACGAGGAACGUCGUAGAGCCGAAUACUAUGCGGAAUACGAACGCCAACGCCAAGCUGAGGAUGAACGUCGCCGUCAGCAGGAAGAGGACGGAGGUUCCGUUGUCCCAACUACUGUCGCCCCCUUCAUCGAACAAGAAGAGAUCUGCUCCCUUCCCAUGGAAAUUGGACCUUGCCGCGCCUCCAUGCCGGCCUUCUUCUACGAUGCCAGGACACGUAAAUGCUCCGCCUUCAUUUACGGUGGCUGUUCCGGAAAUGCGAAUCGAUUCGAGACUGAGGAAAUGUGUGAACGACAAUGCGGACAAUUCAGAGGGGAAGACGUUUGUAGAAUUACCCAAGCAGAUCCGGGCCCUUGUCGGGCACGAAUUCAGAAAUGGUACUUUAACCCCAACGAGCGCAGCUGUCAGCAAUUUAAUUACGGGGGAUGCGCUGGAAAUGGAAAUCGCUUUUCUUCCCGAGAAGAAUGCGAGUCGGUUUGUCACUCAAGGUCGGAAAUGAUUGCGAACGACACGAUUUCCGGGGCUGCAAUUUGUCGUCUAAACGCGGACACUGGUCCAUGUACCGAUGCCUACAAGCGGUGGUACUAUGACUGGGAGCAGAAUACGUGUCUCGCCUUCAGUUACGGAGGCUGCGCUGGAAACCUCAACAGUUUCAAGAGCUUCGACUCUUGCCUCAAUUAUUGUCAGCGAGCUCUGCAGUACGAAUACAGGUCCAAUGACACGCCACGUCUGAGCAGAUCGAGGUUGCCAGAGGACCAGGAAGUUGAUCAAGGUCAUGACGAUAGGGGUGACCAAAAUGGGGCAGCCCAGCACGGUGGACAAGACGAGAAUGGACAUGAGAACGAGAUUGGUCUGGACGAGUGCAGUGACCAGCUUGCCUACUGUAAGACGCUACAGUGUCCGUACGGCGUUGAGAAGGUUGACGCUGAUGGUGCACUCUGUCCACAAUGUGAAUGUCGCGACCCUUGUAGAAAUUUCCCUUGCGAGGACGACGAGCAGUGUGCAGUGGAUAUCGUUGGCACCAUUUCCAAGCCACACGUCACCCAUGGGCGACACUCCUACGGCCUAUCACACCAAGCCAGCUUCCGUCCAGUUUGCAGGAAACAAAAUAAGAACGGAGAGUGUCCAAGUUUAUGGAACGGAGGUUCUCGAGCCGGUAUCUGUGCUCAAGAGUGUGGUUCAGAUGCGGAUUGCAUGGCUGACCUGAAAUGUUGCUCGAACGGAUGUGGCACGAGUUGCAUGGUUCCACAGUCUGAAGUAUCCCCUGACUCUCAUCUGCCCCCAUCGCCCCUCUCUCCCACUGGAAUCAAUCGAAACGAACAACCUGCCCGGAUUUUGUCUACAUUGACCGAAGUUGAAGUUGAGGAGGGAAGUCUGGCCAGUUUAGAAUGUCUCUGUCGCGGAAAUCCUCUACCCCAAAUCAGUUGGAGAUUCAACAAUGCAGAGGUUUCCGUUGAUUCUGGCCGCUUCCGAGCACUCCAAGACGGCUCCGUCCUCCAAAUUGUGGGUGUGUACAGAAGAGACGAAGGAAUUUAUACGUGCGUCGCAGAUAACGGGAUUGGUCGACCGGCAACGUUAGACAUUACUUUAGUCGUUAAUGACCCAACGCCACAUCAAGCAUCCAUCGUCGAAGAGGACACAGAACCCAAUGUCAUCGUUUCUCUCGGAAGUGCGGCGUCCCUCCGUUGUUUCGCCAUGGGCUGGCCACGACCCUCAGUCACUUGGUGGAAGGGCGAAAAGAUGUUACCCUUCUCUUCUGAACGGUAUGAACAAAUGCGCGACUACAGUCUCUUAAUUCGCCUCGUUUCCCUCCGUGACUUGGGACCGUACACAUGUCAAGCGUACAACGGUCAAGGAAAGGCGGCCAGUUGGACGGUCACAGUACAAACGAUGGGUCCCGUUUCCACCUCACCGACCGGAGAGGAUAGAGAAUUUCUCCAGUAUGUCAUUUCCGGGGCGAGGAGGCCGGUCUAUGUGGGUGGCAACUUUACAGGGGCUGGAGGAAGAGGACGACCAGGACAGCAACCACCGCCUUAUCAAUCCCCUGCUGUCAGACCGCCAUGGCCCGGCGCGGUGUCCACCACAACGACAACGGAGAGGAGCAUCGUACCAAAUUAUCUUGUUCCUCUACGGACCUCAAUAAAGAUGGAUAAACUCCUCUACCCCGUCGGAAACGAUAUUGUCAUCCCCUGUGAAGUCGAAGGUUACCCCCAGCCCAGCGUCCAUUGGUUCCAUGAAGACGUCCCAGUCGAAUCAGACGACCGGGUCAGAAUAUUCAACCAGAACGAGCUCCGAAUUUUCAACUCGACCACGCAAGACGCCGGAUCUUAUCGGUGCGACGCUGUCAACGAGUAUGGAUCGUCAUCGUCAUCGGUUACAAUUUCAGUUGAAGGUGUCUAUCUCCACCCGAAUUGCACGGAUAAUCCAUUCUUUGCCAAUUGUAAACUUAUCGUGAAAGCGAACUAUUGCACGAAUAAAUACUAUGCGAGAUUCUGCUGUAAAUCGUGCACCCUUGCCGGGCAGUUACCUCAGUAUGGACCACAUUUACACGAAUUUGGACAAGCAUAUUUCCGCCGUGGUCAGGUAGAAUAUGCCCCCACUAAUUUACAGAGUGACCGUACCUCAAACUCGCGAGGGGUUCAUAAUCAAGUCAGCUAGAACUUUGUAGCAAAUACGUGUAGCUCAUUUAAAAAAUAAUAAUUUACUUUAAUUGGUUCACUUUGUUUAAUGUCUAAACCUUUGUAAUGCACAUACAUACAUGUACUUAAGACCAAAAAUGUUUUAGCCCAUAAGAAUUAAUUAAUUACCCGUGAUUUUAAAUGUGUUCAGUUAUCAAUCAAUCAAUCAAUCAAUCAAUAAUUUGGAUUAAUUAUUUUAUACGGUGACCAUUGACCAUAUCAAAAAUAUAAUUUGUUCCUUUUCUCUCAUACCUCAAAUGUGUAUAAGUAUUAACAAAAUAUUAUGUGCGUUUUAAUCCUUUAUUAUAACUUAAUUACCUAUUUAAUUAAUCUAUGUAGAUUAAUUAAUGGUAGUUUACCCUACCAUGUACCGCACCGUUUACAUUUAUCGUUAGAGAGAGCUUGUUUUUUGUGAUGUACUCUACUUUGUAAAAAUAGUAUGCAAAUUAUAUAUGUGUACACGCUUUAAAGAACAAUUAUAAAUAUAACUCUAAUCUAAUCAAGGGCAUAAUUUGCAUUUAUAACAUUCCCCGGGGAAAGCUUUCUAAUAAAAUAAAUCUGACAUUAACAUUUUGUGGACGAUCAACGAUGUAGAGUGUGUCAGACCUUGGGAUGUGAAA